UGCGUCCGAUUUGACAAAAUUACUCUAUGAUGAAAUUGGUGGGAACUGUUAUACUAGAAUAAUUCUUUGUUUAUCAUCUAACCCUGACCCAGCGACAUAUUCUCUUCUGUUAAGACUUACUUCACAAUUUACUAAUAUUACAAAUUCACCAGUCAUGAAUGAUGAAUGUGCUUUGUUAUUGGCUGCAAGAGCGAGAGAAAUUCAAAGCUUUCUGGAACAGAUUAUUAAUGAACAAAAGUCUGGGACUGGUUUAAACACAAACGGUAGUCUACAAAAUACGGAUUCAUCGUUGGUAAUUAUGUUAACUGUAUUGAUAUUGUUGUUUCUGUGA